UGUCUUUGGCCUGUGCUGGUUUUUCUUGGGUCCCACCAUAUGUUCACCAUCUUUGUAAAUCUAAAUAGGGGACCAUUAGUCAUCAAAAUUUCUGAAUACAGAUUCAGGAGUUAGCUAUUCACUUCUCCAUUUCUAUUCUCUUUCUCCUGCCUGCCUGCCUCCUCUCUUGUAUUAUAUGUUUGCAAGUUGUGGUGACUAGUCCAACUUGCUUUUGUGUGUCACGUGUGACAUUCUGUACAAUUUUCCUUAGGUUAAAUUCAGUGCUCUUUUUUCUCUUAUAUAUAACACACUUCAUGAUCUGCUAGAAAGGAAAAAGAGAUUAUAAAAAGCUUUGUUUGUUUGAUCCUUUGAGUUUCUAGUGCUUGUGCUUUUUGCUUAAACUUUCCAAUAUUCUAAAGUGAGGUUUCUUUGGAAGAAACAUUAUAUUUCUCAUCUUCUUCUUUUGUUGGUCCUUUUUUUCUUUCUUGGCCUUUCAAACUACUUUUCUCGUCCAUACUCUCACCCCAUUUGUCCUCAUAUAUGAUGAAAACAAAAUAGUUGGGUUAAAAAGAAGGAGUAGAAAGCAAAAGGCAAAGAGAGAUGGCAUUAGAGACAGUGAUUUACCCUCAAGAAUCAUUUGGGUACAGUUGCAAAGAGUACUAUAUUCCAGCUAAUUUGAGUAAUUAUAAUUAUGAGUUGGGUUUUUUACAAGGAGAAGAAGAAAUGACUUUUACAAGUCUGUUGGAUACUGGCAAUUAUGAUAGUAAUAACAAUAGGGAGUCUUCAUCUUCACCAGUGAUGUACAACAACAAUGAGAAAGAAUAUAGUUGGGAUCCAAAUUAUUCUUCUAUCGAAGAUUCUCCUAAUGUUAAUCAGCUGCUUAUGGAAGCUUCUCCGGCCAUGAUGGAACCGCCGCCGCCGGCCAGAGCCGCCACCGUUUCCGGCCGCCGGAAAAGAAGACGAACUAGAAGUUGUAAAAACAAGGAAGAAUUGGAGAACCAGAGAAUGACUCACAUUGCUGUUGAACGCAACCGUCGUAAGCAGAUGAAUGAAUACCUUGCUGUUAUUCGAUCUUUGAUGCCACCUUCCUACGUUCAAAGGGGUGACCAAGCAUCAAUAAUUGGAGGAGCCAUAAACUUUGUGAAGGAGCUAGAACACCAUCUUCAAACCCUAGAAGCUCAAAAGAUAACUCAUUCUCAACAACAACAACAACAACAAUCGGAUUGCCAUGGCUCAUUAUCAACUCCACUAUUUGCUGAUUACUUCAGUUUUCCACAGUACUCAACUCAUUCAAAUCAUUCCAACAGUUCUACUCCGGCAGAUGCUGCGGCAGCCACCACAUGUGACUCUCCAUUGGCCGCCGAAAAACAGUUAGCGUUGGCGGAGAUAGAAGUGACCAUGGCGGAGAGCCAUGCCAAUCUCAAGAUACUCUCAAAGAGAAGGCCAAAACAGCUCUUGAAAAUGGUAGCUGGGCUUCAGUGUCUAUGGCUCACCGUUCUCCAUCUCAAUGUCACCACUGUUGACCAUAUGGUUCUUUAUUCCCUCAGUCUCAAGCUAGAGGAAGGGUGCCAGUUAACUACUGCAGAUGAAAUUGCUGACGCUGUUAAUCAAUUGCUCGGUCGAAUCCAAGAGGAAGCUGCUUCAAGCUAAAAAUAAUAAUAAGAAGAAAAAAAUUCGCCCUUUUGCUGUACGGAGUUUAAUCAUUCUCAUAAUGUUCGCUUUUUUUAUUUCUGGGUUUCAAUUUCUUGUACAAGAUCCUAACAUCUACUUGGCUCUAGCAAAAAUUAAUAACGCGCAGCUAUAACCAGCUUUUGACUUUAUGUUACUUUGUAAUUGUUUUUAAGCAACUCUGGAUCGGAGUGGUUUAGUUAGAAUUAGACAUUAAAUGUUAAUUUCA